GCAUACUGAAGGAUGUUUAUUCCAAGAUCUCUGAAAGUCAAAAGGAAUGCUUUUGACGAUGAAAAGAGUUGUAUGGCUAAGAAACUUAAACCACAAGAAGAAAAACUGUCAUCAGAAGAAGAGAGAGAGAUCCCAAAUGUUGCCUUAAUGGGGGAAGAAACCUCAGUACCAUCAGAGGGACACAGCCUUGACUUAGACUUCCUGCCAGAUUCUGACAACCCUUCUGCUGCUGUUGGCUUAGGUGAGCAGAGUGCUAAAGACAGCUGUGUUCCAGAGGAGCCAAUAAAAUCUUUUUCUAAAACUCAGCGCUGGGCAGAACCCGGGGAGCCUGUCUGUGUUGUGUGCGGUCGUUAUGGAGAAUAUAUUUGUGAUAAGACGGAUGCAGAUGUUUGUAGCUUGGAAUGUAAAGCAAAACAUCUUUUACAAGUUACUGAAAAGGAAGAAAAAGUAAAGCUUCUGAAAGCCAGCUCUGAGCCCGAACCUCCCCCACUUGAUGCUCUUUUUGCCUACAAAGAACACUCUUUUAUUUUAAACCUUCAGGAUGACCAGGUUGAAAAUCUUAAGCUACAGCUAGGAAUUUCAGUCCAGGGCCAAAAAGUGCCAAGGCCUAUCAUAGACUUUGAACAUUGUGGUUUUCCUGAAGUUUUGAAUUAUAACUUGAAGAAGUCAGGCUAUGAAGUUCCAACUCCCAUUCAGAUGCAGAUGAUUCCUAUUGGACUUUUGGGAAGAGAUAUAGUGUGCAGUGCUGACACUGGCUCAGGGAAAACUGCAGCUUUCCUACUUCCUGUUAUCAUAAGAGCUUUGGAAAAAAACAUAACUCCGUCAGCACUUAUUCUCACUCCAACCAGGGAAUUAGCCAUUCAGAUAGAGAGACAAGCUAAGGAGCUAAUGUGUGGCCUGCCAAAUAUGAGAACAGUUCUACUUGUUGGAGGUUUGCCUUUACCUCCCCAGCUCUAUCGUCUGAAACAGAAUGUUAAGAUUAUAAUAGCAACUCCUGGGAGACUUCUGGAAAUAAUGAAACAGAGCUCUGUGGAACUCAGUGGUAUAAAAAUAGUCAUCAUAGAUGAAGCUGAUACCAUGUUAAAAAUGGGUUUUCAACAGCAAGUUCUUGACAUUUUGGAAAACACUCCUCAUGACCGUCAGACUGUUUUGGUUUCUGCCACAAUUCCAGCAAGCAUAGAACGUCUAGCAAACCAACUUCUUCAUGAUCCUGUGAGAAUUAUCAUUGGAGAAAAAAAUCUGCCAUGUUCCAAUGUCCGUCAGAUUAUUUUGUGGGUAGAAGAACCUUCCAAAAAAAAAAAAAAGCUAUUUGAAAUCUUAAAUGAUGAAAAACUCUUUAAACCUCCAGUGCUAGUGUUCGUGGAUUGCAAAUUAGGAGCCGACCUUUUGAGUGAUGCAGUUCAUAAAAUCACUGGGUUGCAAAGCAUAUCUAUGCAUUCAGAUAAAUCACAAGUAGAAAGAACAAGGAUAUUACAGGGAUUAUUUCAAGGAGAGUAUGAAGUCGUAGUAAGCACUGGAGUCCUGGGACGAGGAUUAGACUUGAUCAAUGUCAAAUUGGUUGUCAAUUUUGAUAUGCCUUCCAGUAUGGAUGAAUAUGUACAUCAGGUUGGAAGAGCAGGAAGAUUAGGUCACAAUGGAACUGCAAUUACUUUCAUCAAUAACAACACAAAGAAGCUUUUUUUGGAUAUUGUGAAGAGAGUCAAACCAACAGGAUCCAUUCUUCCUCCUCAGUUACUAAACUCUCCUUAUCUCCAUGAACAGAAAAGAAAAGAACACCAAAGAGUUAACCAGGCGCAGAACACCCUAGUUACUGGUGAUAAUCUUAUGGACAUUAUUAAAAAACAUGAUAAAAGUCAUUCUCAAAAGUAACUAAUUAUGCCACUUUGGAUAAUCUUGUCAUCGUGCAAUAUCAAUGAAAAAUCUGCAUAUUACUAUCAUAUGGUAUCUAAAUAAGUAGAGCAUAUUUUUAAGGUAAGAACAUAGGGAUGAUUGUAUUGUUAAAAAUGUCAAACUUAGACAGGAGAAGUUGUACACAGCUGCUUUUCCUUUCUAUUCUCUCCAUAAUGAGUGAGAUUGAAAACAAAGGAUCUGUUUUUAUCCUCUGUGCAGAAUUAUUUUGAGAAGAUUAAACAUCUUUUUGCUUUAAAAAAAAAAAAAAAAAAGAUUAGGGGUGACACAAAAAUGCCCAUUAUCAGCACUGUUAUUCAACAUUGUACUAGAAAUAUGGCUUCAGCAAUGAGAAAAGAAAAAAAUUAAUUAAAGGAAUUAGAAUAGGCAAUGAGAAAGUAAAAUUAUCAGUCUUUGCAGAUGAGAUGAAGAUAUGCUUAUAGAAUCAUAAGAUAUUAUUCAGAAACCUAAUGGAAGCAAUUCAAAGCUUUAGUAAAGAUAUAUAUAUAGUAUAAAAAAUCAUCACCAGGAUAUAGUAAUCACCAUUUCU